AUACCCCUCAGCUACAAAAGCUAGGGUAUAAAAAGCCCCAAAUCUCUCCGCCCAAAAUUCUUCGAGUGCAAACAUUAAACGAGACGAAGCCACAGACCAAAAGCUCCACUUUCUUGCCACCGAAUCCUCUCAUCUCGUCCGGUGACUGAGAAUGGCGACGUUCGAACUGUACCGGAGGUCGACGAUCGGGAUGUGCCUGACGGAAACUUUGGACGAGAUGGUACAGAGUGGCACUCUCCGUCCCGAGCUGGCCAUCCAGGUUCUUGUUCAGUUCGAUAAGUCUAUGACUGAAGCUUUGGAAAAUCAAGUGAAAAGCAAGGUCUCCAUUAAGGGACAUCUGCACACUUACAGAUUUUGCGACAAUGUUUGGACCUUCAUCUUACAAGAUGCUAUGUUUAAGCACGAGGAAUGCCAGGAGACUGUCGGGCGGGUGAAAAUUGUGGCAUGCGAUUCAAAGCUGCUCACGCAAUGAGAUAUGUCCUAAGGUCAGUUGUAUGUUUAAUAAGGAGAAUUUUAAUUGUUGGCAGUAGAGGGCAAUGGUGGCAAAGAAGAAAGUGGAGUUUGUCCGAGAAAUUGAAGAAAUUGAAUAUUAAAUUGUAAAGCUAUCACCCUUGACCAUUGUAGUUAUUUCAUGUAACAUGGAUUAUGGUGUCAACUACUUCUUCAUUCCUUUUUC